UGUAUAUGUAAAAUUAGCAUAUUAGAACUUAUUUGGUCUACGGAGAUUCUGGAUCUGGGAAGUCAACUUUUAUCAAUAGUUUAGGAGGAAUAGAUUAAGAUAAUCAAAAGCCAUAAACAGGUGGACUUGGAGUGGCUGUCACAAUUGACCCUGGAAGAAUUUAUUAUAUUUAGGAUGAAGUUCUUGGAAAUAUGUAAUUGAUUGAUACAAGAGGAACUUGGGAUCCUGGUUAAAUUAAUAAUGAUUAAAUUCUUUAAAAUUUAGUUAAGACUUUACUCGAUUAUAGUGUUCAUGAGAUGAGUUAAUAAGGUAAUAAGCUUAAUAUUUAUAAAAGUCAAUCCAAUAUAAUAAUUAGAUGGAAUACUUUAUAUACAUAAUAGUUUCAUAGAUCGUUAUGCAAGAGACACUAGGAUAAAGUAAUUAGGAAUAUUGAUUGGCAGCAAUUUGCAUACUUCAACAUUGACUAUUAUGACAAGAUGUAAGGAAAUAUAGAAUACAAAUUUAAAAUUCAAUUUCUACGAAUGGAAUAAGAAAUUACAUAAUAGCGAAAUAGAAUAUAUUCAUUGGGACAGUGUAAAUCCUUUAGAAAAUUAAAAAGAAAAAUUAAAAGAAUUACUACUUAAUUUGAAACCCAUACCUUUGAGUAAUAUAAAGGAUGCAAAUCAAGAGAUUAUUAAAUUAGCAAAAGAAUUGCAAUUAAAAGAUUUGAUUGAAAUUGAGGAGCCUAGAGUUAGAACUAUAAUAAAAUAGUAUACAAAAGAGAAAUUAAAAAAAAAAACAUCUUAUACUAAUGUAACAUUAACGAUCAACCCUCCAAAAGGCAUUAUGAAUUAGAUUGGAGGUAAUAAAAUUUAAAUAGAAUCUAGGUUGGGUUCCCAUAAAAAUACCAUAUUUAUCAGGAGGUGGAAAUCUAACAACAACUUCAAUAAGAAUUGAUGCAGAUUUCCCUUCAUAUUCAUUACCUCCUAAACUCAUAUUAUAUUGUGAUCUUGAUAAAAGUUUAAAUGAAAUAAAAGGAUAAAAUUUGGAGAUAAUCAAACAUGAAUUUAUAAACAAUGGUGAUUAUUAUGAUGCUAACUUUUAAUACAGAUGGAAUGGUAUCAAUAAUGAAAAUGUUGGAAGAGUAGAUUUAAAAAUAAAAAUGAUCAUUUAAUAUAGAUAAAUCAAAUAAAAAUAAAGGGAAGAUAAGGAAGAGUAUUUUGAAAAAGUGAUGAAACCAAGAUAUUCAGAUGAAAAAGUAUUUUCUUUAUUUAAUUUUAAUAGCCAUAUAUAUAAUAAGCUAUGGAAUAACAAUUUGAUAAUUUAUAUGAAGGAAUUAAAAGGAAUUUUGAAAAAUAAUGA